AUGGUCACAGUUCCAAAGAUAAUCGAGGAAUCAGACCUUGCAAUCAUCAUUUUCCCCGAGGACAACAUCUAUUCGGAGUUGUGUUUGGAAGAGGUGGCAAAGAUCAUGGAGUGCAAGAAGCAAAGAGACCUCAAGUUCUUUUCGUUGUUUUACAAAGUGAAAUUAGAUACGGUAAGUGGAUUGAAAGGGAGUUACCAAACUGGUCUUGAAUAUUUUCAAAAGAGGCUUUGUAAGGAUGUGAGGAGAUUGAUGAGAUGGAAGGACACUCUCCAGGAGGAGGAUAGCUUGUCCAGGCGGUACUUGGAUGAUGAUGAGCUCGCGACCCCAAAUCUGGGGUCGUUACCCUCGGGCAGCGGUUGCCUGAGGCUGGAUAUGACCGAGACGUUCCGCUUGUCUUCCGUGACAGAGGAACAAAAACAAAGAAAGAGAGGUGCAACAACAGCUAGGACAAGCAAUGGUGACGGGAACGCAAAACAGAGAAAGAGAGGCGCAACUAGGACAGGCGAUGGUGACAGGAACGCCACGGUGGCGAGGACAUGA